AUGACUCCAGAAACCAGUGAUCGGGUAGUCAAUAGUGUCACCAAGAAUGCAAUCGAGUGCAGCCAGCUCGAACACUCCGACAAAUCUGGUGAUGAGGUUCAGCCUAAGGAGAAACUCGGCCAGCAUUGCGAAAUCUCCUUUAAGGAAAUACAGGGUCGCUUCGAUCUUCUGCGAGACUUGAGCGACGCGGAGAUGGAUAAGCUUAAUAAAGGAGUGGUGCGGAAGAUCGACUUGAGGAUGAUGCCUACCAUUACAUGCAUGUUUCUCAUGAGGCAAGUUCACAAUAAUGCGCUGCCAAGCAGAAAGUCUUACAACUAA